AAUCGAAAGACGGCAACAAUACCUGUUGCUGCUAGCUAGCUCUACUAGUGCUAGUACCGGUAGCCUUCUAUGCCAUUAGAUUGUGUAGAGUUGUACUACCGGUACAAUGGUGGACCCCACUAUGGACAAAGAUUCAAGACCUGACGACUCAAACAAACGAGAUCCCUCAACUAUAGAAUGCGACAGCUUUUUGUUUUGGUCAAGAUCGUUGCGAGAAACUCUCCAGGAUCAACAUCAUCAUUCACAACCACAAACUGACAGAGCAUUUGUCGACAAAGUGACAAGUUGUCAAAUCAACAACAGCAGCAGCAGUAUUGCAUCAUCCGGAUUUUCCAUGGGCGAUCAUGUCUAUCUUUGGUGCGAUGUGGCAGUCCUGCAGAAAGUCUAUCAGCAUCAUGGGAUUGUCAUUGGCGUCCGAAGACGGCGGCCCGACGAAGAAGAAGCUUUGGGUGAUUGGAUCUUGAGGAUUGCCGAUUUCUCCUUGAUGGACGAAGAAGAAGAGACAUCAGGAAGUUUCGAACAACUCACGCAACUCUGUGCCAGUACCAGUAAUAACAGCACUGCUGAUGGUGGCUCGGCGGGAGGAUUCAAAGUCUACGACAGUCCAGCCAGUAAAUGGCUCAAAGUACAGUACAUACAAGAAGAAGAAGACACUCCAGAAACAUCACACCCACCGUCAGUCGAAGAAGAACACGACAAUAAUCCGCAGCAGCAGCAGCAAGACAAACACUGUCAUCAUCAUAGACCCCCCGUCGUAAUGCGCACCCACACUCCAUUGUGUCCUCCCCAAUUGGUCCGAGCGCGCGUCGAAUUUCUCCUCCAACGACCGGAAUUGUUGCCGUCGUAUUUACUCCACGAAUCCAAUUGCGAAUGCGUCGCGGUAUGGUGCAAAACCGGACAGUACCAGACGAGUCAAAUCGAAUAUUGGUUGCAAGGGACGGUCGAAAAUGGGGCAUGGGCUGUUGGAGGGGCACAACUCGCCGCUCUGACGGCACUCUCCAGUGUGCCCUUUUUGGUACCCGCCGUCGUCACUUAUGGGGCCGUCACAGCGGGAGCGAGUGCCGUGGCAUUGUGGAAAGCCAAGCAUCAUUGGCACCAAACCACGGAAACACUCAAUCGGGCAUUUGCGCAGCAUGUGGCGGCCUAUCAAUAAUCUAAUCAAUCAAUCAGACAUGCCAUUAUGGAAUGGAUGAAUGAAGGAAUGCCAACAAAUAUCUACGAUACGGAAGAAGCGGCAGAAUAGAAGCUUUGGGAGAUCAUGUCAGUAUUGGAGAAGUAAGUAAGCAAGUCAUCCAUACCAAAAGGAAUUAUUGUGUGAACGAUCUGUGUGAUUGUUUAGCUUCCAGACGCAUGCACUCGGCAGGUGCUGUUGAGACAACGAGGACGACGUGGCAAAGUCGAAGAGUCGUGCAAGUCUCAAGGAAAGCAUGCCGUGUCUCGCAGGAAACAAGCUCGAUCAAUCUCUUGUGUCGGAAAAGUGAUGCUUCAUGAAUAUCAAGGAUCGUCGUCGAUUAGUUACAAUGCACUCUCGAGGCAGGUCUGCAGCUACCAAGUCUAAUUAUGCACUGGCCACUGCAACGGCAGGCUACUCUUUGUCACGCAUCUUUGAAGUAAGGUACGAUGUACAAAUAAUAAGGAUAAACUAUGCAUAGUCAGCAGCAGCGCAUGACUGUUUAAACAUCUACAGAAAGCCAGAUUCCACGGCAACGCCCCUGCUUUUCAUGCCAAUGCUAAGAAAGGAAAAACCUCCCGAUUCCACGUUGCAAAAUGCAAAUCACAAUGAAACCAAGGACCAGCACCCACAACAAGACAGAUACCAUCAACGUGCACUCCAUCGUCCGUGCCAAGGCUAUGGCAACAAAGACACCAAGUAGACACAUCCAACCUCAUCAGCAAACUGGAUUGGUUGAGAACACUGUCAUACAAGCUCAAGUUGGGUUGGGGUCGGAAAACCACCACAAAGAUGAUGCCAUGGCUGCAAGGGAUCCAAGAUUGAUCAAUUGGAACAGAUCCAGUCCGAAGGCUUGAAAAGAAUAGAAAAGAGCUGCUAAUGCUGUCAAAGCUUCUCAAGUUCAGUGAACCUGUCCUUUGGGUAUCAGCCAAACGCAGCGAUAUUGUAGAGAAUGCAAGCAUGGUGGAGAUCUGGCCAGCCAAGGAGUUGUAGCAGCUCAAAUACAACGUAGAGAGCUAGGCCAGUCUGACCAAGCUCAGUGGGGAUAGGUAAUCCUGAUAAGCCUGAUAAGUAGACCA